CGAGCACUACCCCCGCGGAAGGCGCCACGUUCCGUGCUAGGUCAGUGUAUCUAGCACAGGAGCAACAGCAUCAGCAGCAUCCCGACAUAGCUAGCAGCUGUUGUCGAACUCCAUUGAGCAUCGCAUCAUCAUCAUCAUCAUCGUCGUCAACAUCAUCGGAAUAUCAUAUCGUGUGGAGCUAUGAGUUUUAGUCUGUUGGUGUUUGAGAGGGGCAGCAAUUGAUUCACCUGCGAGGUUCGUCCCCCGUCCUCGAAUGUUGAUAAAUAGUGCUCAUUCAGCGAAAACUCGUCAGUGUUGAGUGAUCUUGCUUAACGUCUAGAACACAUUCUCGGAUGGUUGAAACAGAAAAAAAGAUAAUUGUGUGGUACAUUUUGCUGAAUAGUAGCUGCUUGCUUUUCCGGAUACAGUUACUCCCUCCCACCCAGUUCCAAGCUUCCUAGCGUGGGAUCGAAGAAACUGUAGCAGCCGCAGGAAGGAUCAAAGUGAAUCGAGAAAACGACAAAGAAUACUAACGGAUACACGAGCUUGAGGAGGGUGAAGAAACAUUACAAUAUUUUUUGCUUCAGCUGUCUCCAAGGAUUACUACAUUAUUUACUAGCCAGUGAACCCACAGUGUUUUUUGUUCGGAAGGGGGUGUUCUUUCCCGGGAAGUUUGCCGUAAAUAUGCAAGGCCAGUAGAACGCUAGUAGUUCCUAGGGUGCCUAGUCUAGCCCAUCACAAAAGGGGUCAAUCGUUGGACGGAUGGACGGACACGACCAGCCGUGCGCCAAUUCCUGAGCUGAGACAGAGUGCAAAUGACGAAGUGAAGAUAACGCAAUUUAGCACCGAGUCGGCUGGAAAGAGAGAGAGAGAAAUUGUGUGUGUUUGUGCAAGUUUUCCCAGAGAAUCGGAUCCGGAAGCUGGUAAAUAGGCGAAGAAGAGCUGAAAGCACCGGAUAAAGUGUGUGCUUCCCGUGUCUCCCGAGUGGGGAAUUGAUGGUAAAUGCACGAGGCGGAAGCGAAGUGGAAAAUGUGUGAUGCUCUACACGAUACCACAUGCAAUUCCGCCACCCGCUAGGAUUGUUUACGAAAGAGUACACCAGUGAGGGUGAGUGUGUAUGUCUGUGUGUGUAUGUAAAGCUGAGUGGUAGGAGGGUGAGGAAAUCAUACAAUAACGGUGCUUUUGGGAAAGUAUUAAGUGACGACACGCUUUGAUGAGUGCAGUUUUGUUUGAUUGUUUGGAAUAAUUGGAUUGUGCAGCAUACUUAUAGAGAUGGCUGCCAGACGAAGCCGAACCAAUUGAAUCUGAUAGACUACCCGCCGUCGUCGUCGUCGUCGUCGUGGUCGUCUCUAGGGCGAGACGCUACUCUCUCGACGCAUGUGAAAACUGUGGAAUGUGUUGAAUUUGAACGUGUUUUCGUAUUCCAACCGCAGAAAGUGAAAGAAGAAACCUCCAGCGAGGUAAUGUUUGCAAAUGCUGUCGUCGUUGAGUGCCAAUACGGCCGUUGAUCAGCGCUGCACAAUGGGAAGCAAGUUUCGGCGGAAGGCAUUGAGCUCUCUCGGAACAAUUCUUCUGCUGUAAUCUACGAAAAACAAGCAAUGACAACUCCCUCAAACAAAGGAAAACAAACAGCGUCAUAUCAUUUACUUUCGGUUUUUCCGACGGUGGCAAUAAAAAUAUCGCAAUCAUUUAAAAAGUAACCCCAACCCAAGCCACAACAUCACCCGCUUUUCCACAUGAGGCGCUCGUGUCGAGGCGCCAUCCGCCAAAAACUGCUGAGCUUUGCAGUUUUGCUCGUCGCCCUUCGCCAAAUUUUACAGCCCAUUGCGGCACGUGGCCUGCCCUCUCCCUCGUCGUCCCCGUCGUCGUCGUCGUCGUCGUCGUUGACAAACAACAACUUCAACAACAGUCACACCAUCUUUGCCAGUAACGGUAGUUUGCUCCAGUCUGGGAAGUUGGACGACAUCGAAAUGGAGCAGGGUGAAGGGGUCUGGGAUCGGAAUCAACAGCGCUAUAUCCUGGUAGUAGUUCACCAGUCCCUGACAAGUGCCGGUGUCGCUGCGCUGGAGCGUGAGUUUCACGAUUUCGUCAAAUUGUUUUUCCUCGAGCAGUUCCGGGAGGACGAUGAAGAUGAUGAUGUUGACGAGCUACAUCAGAGGAUUCGGUUUCGCCAUUGGCGAGAUUUGACCAGCUUCGAGCGAUGGCUAUCCGAUCCAUUCAUCUCGGCGGUGCUCUACACAUUGGAGGAGGGCGGUGAAGACGGGGCCAUCGGAUACUGUGACGGUUUAUCUACUCAUCUUACAGCCAGCUAUGGAAAACCGGUUCUCUUCUGGCCCUGUCCCCGGAUGCAGCAAACCGAAAAGUUUGUGCCAUCCUUCGCGACGGUGUCGUUCGCCGUCAAAAGUAUUUCGCAACAAUUUAAUUGGACUGAAGCAAUUUUGUUCGCUGCAGAUUCAAACUGGGCACUUCCGUUGGUACUUGCCACCAACCUACACAUUCCCUAUCGAAUCGUCCUGGACAAAGAUGAACUGAAGCUGCAGGAACGGGACACUACUGGACGAGUGAUAAUCGUCUGCUCGUCAAUCAACUCGCCCCAAACAAUUAAUGCAAUCAAUCAACUGAAAGCACUCCGCCGGACGAAGAUUCUUCUCCUCGAUCCGAUAGGGACAAUCUUCAACAGCAAUAACGCCCUGUACCGGGGUAUCGUCCGCGAUGGAACACUGGCAGACGAGCAAACGAACCGCAACCUGCUGGUGCUGACAAUCCUGACGGAACAUUUCAAGCUCAUCCUCCGCCGGAUUCACGGGGUCGACCUGGGUGACUAUCAGCAAAUUAGCGAACGGUUGCUGAAAAUUAGACUCGAUGACGACGACGAUGGCGACGCUGAUGUUGAUGACAAUAGCUAUGAGAAUGACAUUGUUGCAGGCGAAAGUGGAUACCGAGAAGCGCUCGAAAGCCUAAUUAAUUCAUCAAGCCUAACCUUAUCCGGUUGCGAUUUUAAUUACUUUCUCGCCGAUGCGAGCAAUUCGGAAGAGCUGCGAGUGCUAGCCGCGAACCAAUUACGCUGUCAAAUCAUUCUCGACAGCUAUUGUGACUUGGACGAUGAUGUUGACACAAAUUAUCUCAAUUUAUCGACCACCCUUGGCAGUGGAACCAGCGGUGAGCUGACGAAUGUCGGUGAUGUGCGCAAUCAAAGUGCAAGCGGUGGAAUCGAUCGGCGGAAAAGUGACGUUGAGCAAUUUUGUACAAUGCUGGGUGUCAAUCAUAAAAAUUUGGUGCUAAAGGGAGAAGAGACUUCGCGUAGUUUUAACAAGUCACGUUCGGCUUCAAGUAGGAAAUUAGUUUUUAGUGAAAAUUUCUACCUGUACGACUACAUCCUGGCCAUAGCGCAUGACCUGCGGUAUGAACAUCAUCAUCACUUUCAUCAGUAUCAGUUCGAUUUCAUAGUGUUUGAUUUGAAGAAUAUUUCCAACCACCGGACUACGAUAGUGUGGCGACCGUUUCUGAUCCUCCGGCAGGAUCAGCUUGAUCGUCAAAAGUUCAGCAUGCAUCCGGUCCCUCCGGGAUACAGGGAUUGGAUAAUAGAGGCCACGAUCGAAUCGUUCUGGAUAUGCGGAAUGCUGUGCUGGAGUGUGAUUGCAAUAGCGGUGUUGAUAAUCGUAUCGAUCAUCUUUGCGAGUGUGGUGUUUAGCAUCGCUGUGAGGAACUAUCUGCUGAAGAAUCGCCUCUCCAAGGGACCAAACAAAAUCGUUCUCUCUCCGUCGGAUUUCGUGUUUCCGGUUGACAUGAGAAGGGUUGACGAAGGUAUUGAGGCGAUGCUGUGCUGUUGGCUCCAGCAGUUACAGGAGUUUGGAGGACCGGAGGUGGAAAAACCAGACCUGCUUAAGGGAUCCAUCGGGUCACUGAAAAAUCUGGGCCUCCCAGCUCCACCGAAAACGGGCUCCGGAAGUGACACCUUGGCACGACACAACACCAUGGUCGCAGGAGCACUGGAGCUUAAAGCUCGCUACAACGGUGAUUUGGUUCAGCUAAAGGAAAUCCCUUCCAGCUCCGGUUCGUCAUCGUCCCAGGAGCUCAAGACGAAGGCGAUGGAUCUGCUCGUAAUGGCACACGGCUUACGGCACGAGAAUAUCAAUCCGCUAAUAGGUUGGCUGAAUGAGCCCACCCGGACGGCCCUGGUGUUCGAACAUUGCUCCCGUGGUUCGUUGCAGGACGUGCUCGUCAUGGACGAAAUUAAGCUCGAUUGGUCCUUUCGACUGAGCCUGCUGACUGAUCUGGUGCGUGGGAUGCGUUACCUUCACGGCUCACCGAUCCGGAUCCAUGGGUCGCUCUCUUCCCGAAACUGUAUCGUGGACGCACGCUGGGUGUUGAAAAUCACCGACUAUGCUAUAUUGAGCUUCUACGACACGCAAGGCAUUACGCCUCCGCCGAAAAGUGCCAAAGAUCUCCUCUGGACCGCACCAGAGGCACUGCGAGCCACCAAGGGCUACCCCAAGGGAGGAACGCAGGCUGCCGACGUGUACGCGUUCGGAAUCAUCAUGCAGGAGGUGGUUGUCCGAGGGGAACCGUACUGCAUGCUGUCGCUUUCACCCGAGGAAAUUAUAGUGAAAAUCAAAAAACCACCCCCACUCAUACGCCCGUCCGUGUCAAAAGGGGCCGCCCCACCGGAAGCCAUCAACAUCAUGCGACAGUGCUGGGCUGAGAACCCCGAGAUGAGACCCGAUUUCGUAAUGAUCUGCGAACGUUUCAAGCAACUGAACCAUGGCCGAAAGGUUAACUUUGUGGAUACCAUGUUUCAAAUGUUGGAGAAAUAUUCAAACAACCUGGAGGAGCUUAUCCGGGAACGAACCGAUCAGCUCGAUAUGGAACGCAAAAAGACUGAACAACUGCUUAACCGGAUGCUUCCGAGCUCCGUUGCCGACCGACUCAAGCUGGGCCUCGCCGUCGAGCCGGAAGAGUUCUCCGAAGUCACAAUUUACUUCAGCGACAUCGUUGGCUUCACGACGAUAUCUGCCCACUGUACGCCCGUGCAGGUGGUGGACCUGUUGAAUGACCUGUAUACCUGCUUCGAUGCCACCAUAAACGCCUAUAACGUGUACAAAGUGGAAACGAUUGGCGAUGCAUACAUGGUCGUGGGAGGUCUGCCCGUACGAACGCCAGACCAUGCUGAGCAGAUUGCUACCAUGGCACUGGACCUGUUGCACCAGAGUGGCAAUUUCAAGGUUCGCCACCUACCGGGUGUCCCACUGCAGCUCCGCAUCGGACUACACACAGGUCCAUGCUGUGCCGGUGUCGUCGGAUUGACAAUGCCUCGAUACUGUCUGUUUGGCGACACGGUCAACACGGCUUCCCGCAUGGAGUCUACAGGUUCUUCGUGGCGCAUCCAUAUGUCCCAGCAAACGUGCAACCUGUUGGAGCAGGCCGGCAGUUACAUCAUUGAACCACGUGGACCAAUCGAGAUAAAGGGGAAAGGCAAAAUGCACACCUACUGGUUGCUGGGCAAAAAGGGCUUCGACAAAGUGCUUCCGACACCACCGCCAAUAGGGGAAUCACAUGGCCUCGACAUUGCAAUACUUCGAAAAUCACUCUUUCAAUCGGAACAGAACAAUCAACAACAGUACACGAUUGCCUCCGGUAGCCACAAUGGCUCCACCGCCAAUCAUUCAUCCAGCCAUUCACCGUCGGUGACGGGUGAAUCGAUAGAUGUGAAGGUGGAAAUCACACCACCCGUAGCAAGCGACAACCCGCAUCUAGCUCAGUCGAUUUCGAUUGACUCGAACUCGAGUAACGCCAACAACUACACACUGAAUAUGACCGAUUUCCAAUCGAAAACGGCCAUGCCAAGUCCUCAGGCACGGAAAUUGUCCGAGAUCGUAUCGGAAACGACAUUCCUCAGUGCGACCUCCAGCUUCAAUCGACUGAAUCCAUCUCCACCAGGCACGACCUCGACUCGGUUGAUCAAACGAAUCGAAGAACUGAUGGACCUAAGCUCACCGUACAACUACUACAAGUGUCUCAGUCCCAGCGAAAGCAAUCUGUCCCAGUGCACGGAGAACAGAUUUCACGGAUACCAAAUCAAUCGAUUAGAUUGCUCCAGCAAACCGGGAUCAACGCGCUUCCUAAGGCGACAGUUUAGUCUGGACAAAGACGACGUUUCUUCAUCGAUGCAUACCAGCCAAAAAGCCACACUGGACACAAUCUCCUCCAUAUCGAUCGACCGGGAACAGCUAGCCCGGAUGGGAACCCUAUCGUCGAUUCCAUCCAUCAGUUCCACGACUUCCGUAUCACUCGGAACCAAACAGCAGCGCACUAUCCACAAGCAACAGUCGGCCAGCGUUGCCCAGGACUUGGAGAAAAUCGAAGAGAUCCCCAUUUCUCCACAGUCGUAUCUGCUGAACCACACCACCAGUAGCAAUAGCACUUCGAGUCUAACUUCGGAUGUGAACGAUAAGACGCGGACACGGUCCACCGAGCGGACCGUUCAGAAUGGCAAAGAACUCUGUCUUAGCAUCGAAGCCCUCGGACUGAGGUGAGCGUAGCUGAACUUAUUGCGGUCUGGUCAUCCUUGGUUAUCCAGUAGUCUGGAGCGAUGAAAUAUGUUCAUAUGCAUUUCGAUUCAGGGUAUCACAAAUCAAAUGGCGAAUACAAGGCUGAUUGUUUCCUAGAGAUUCCUUAGUGCUGUCCCUUGAGCAAUAGAAAACUAAAAUGCAAACUAAAAUCGUUGAAAAGUUUGAUAUCUGCUGUUGUAAACACACUGUAUCGUCGGAUGAGACGGCUCGAUUCCAGCCCCAAGCGGAUGGCGUAAAUAUCAAUUAUAUUAUACACAUUGGCAUUCUCUCCCAGUUCGUUGAUUUGUUUGUACAUAC